UGAAAGAAAGGUGAAACGAUUGACGGACAACAAAAAAAAAAACAACAUCUUCCCUCUGUAGCAAAAAAGAAAAAGUGUAGUUUAUCAUUUGUUCUCCUUUCCCCCGGGCUUUUUUUUCUUCGGAAAAAAACGGCGACAGUGUAAAGGUGUAAAGCGAUGAGCCAAAGAAAAACAAGACUGGAAAGCGAGUGAGCUUAUUUACGGAGCGCUGCACAUUUCCGACAAACAUUGCAACGAAGAUGUAAAAAUACCAAGCAAAAAUGAAUUACUAGAAGAAAAAUGGCUGAUCUGAAUGUCAACGACAAUUUUCCAGAAUUCUGCAUAAUUCAAUACGAACAAUUCGUAGCCCCGCACGGAGAGCUUUGGUGCCAUCCAGUAUGGGAUUCGUUAUUAUGUUGGCCACCGACGAAAGCCUCCACAACAGCGAGACAGCAAUGUCCUUUUAUAGAUGGAUUCGAUAUGACCAAAUCUGUAGAAAAGAAAUGUAGUUACAAUGGACGCUGGGAGGCACAAAAUGGCACAAGCACAAACGAGGAUUCGCCUAUUGGCUGGGCUAAUUAUACCACUUGCUUGACGCCAGAAAUACUGUGGCUUCACCACAGAGUUUUUAACAAUAAUGUCGAAGGCGAGAUGAAAAUGGAAAUAGCGGAGAAGACCCGCAUUCUGGAGUUUGUCGGUCUCAGUAUUUCUCUGGUGGCGUUGCUUGCUUCUCUCGUGAUUUUCUGUCGAUUUAGGUCGUUGCGGAACACGAGAACGAGAAUCCACAGGAAUCUUUUUGUCGCCAUGAUUGUGCAAGUGUUAAUCAGAUUAACGUUGUACAUAGACUUCGCAAUAUUUCGAAGAAAACCCCAAGGCGUGCAACGAGGAAUAGGAAACACCCCGGUGCUAUGCGAAGCGAGUUACGCGCUACUGGAGUAUGUCAAAACUGCCAUGUUUAUGUGGAUGUUUAUAGAGGGUCUGUUUUUGCACAACAUGGUAACCGUGAUGGUCUUUGAAGAAACCUCCCAUUAUCGAAUGUAUCAAUUCAUUGGAUGGGGAUGUCCAGUGCUAAUGACAUUGAUUUGGACCAUUGUAAUGGCAUUUUAUUAUCAUCCGAAAUCAAAAUUUCUUAGAUGCUGGUCAGGAUACAACCUAUCGUCUUACUUUUGGAUUCUCGAAGGACCCAGAUUCGCGGUGAUAUUGCUCAACUUUCUGUUUUUGCUGAACAUUAUAAGAGUGCUCGUUGUAAAGCUGCGGCAAAGUCACACAAGUGAGGUUAAACAAGUUUUAAAAGCCGUGAGAGCAGCCGUGGUGCUCUUACCGUUGUUGGGAAUCACCAAUGUACUCUUCAUGAUUCAGGCUCCGUUGGAUAAUGUGAAAACGUUCGCCGUGUGGUCUUACUCCACGCACUUUCUGCAAUCAUUCCAGGGUCUCUUCAUUGCGACCCUUUACUGCUUCCUUAAUGGAGAGGUAAGACUCGCUUUGGAUAAAACUGUUGCCGUUUACCUCUCCCGCAGAGGAACUGAUCUGCACAUUAGAAGGCAAUCGAACUUCAGCGGAUGUCAGUCUCAUCGAAUAGCUCCGGCAAUUGAGUUGGAAGAGGAAGAAACGAGACCUACCGGCUUGAUCAGAUUGUGUUGUAACGACAGAAACACUCCGCCACCGGAUCAGUCUGUCGAAACACAAGGGCAGAGAGAUGAGAAGAUUGAAUGCGCAUUUCCUCGAGAACGGCCGUCUGACAGCAGCAAUCACGCGAAUUCCUCAGUGUCCAACAACCAAUCUCCUACUAAAGUCAUUCCUUGGAUAGUGGAGCUGCCAAUGUCACAUUCAGAUUUUCAGCCAAAGGAAACAGAGUUUCACUCGCAGAUCGACACAAUAUGCAUCACGGCGCAGUGACCAAAAGGAAUUUUUCAUAAGUGUUGCUUAAGAAGCUCGAUGUUCGAUAAAUAAGAGGAUUCUCCAAAGAGAAAAUUUUAUAUAAAAAAAUCUAUGACACAAUAGUAGCCGCAGGCCAUAAAAGGAAUUAUAAGUUUAAACACUAUGGCCAUUAUGUAAAAAAAAAAAACAUGGUAAAAGCUUUUUAAAAUUUCUUCCUGGUCUGCGGCUAUUGCCGUACAUAAUAAUCUUUGACAUGAAAUUUUCUCCGCGCAUCUUUCAGCCUCAAUGCAAAUUUCAAGAUCUAAAUUCUUCUUCAUAAUUAUAAAAAUUAGUGAUGCUCAAAUAUUUUUAAAUGGAAAACU